CGUCACCUUCACUCCAACUGCUUCGAUCGCCACCAUCCACUUCACAACGAUGACUAUGCGCACAAAGAUUUUCCUCCCCCUUCGUGGACGCGCCGUCGCCCGAUCUUUCUCCGUCUCCCGUCCCCGCUGGGAGGCUGCGCCGUUGCCAGCGCGUAAGCCUGUGGGAGCUUUCCGAGGAGGACUCUUCGGUUUCCUGACCGGCGCUGUUGUUGCCGGCGCGUCCGUGUACUACUAUGUGCUUGGAGACUACCGCAUCUCCAACGAGAUGCUGAAUGAUGAUAUUACCGCUCUUCAACAUGCCACCAUCAAGCUCCAGUCAUAUAUUACGGAGCUCGAGUCCCGGAUGGAUCAGCUGAAGAAGAAAUAGGAUCUUUUUUUCACAUUCGUUUUUGAUCUGCUUCUGCUCUACUUGGUGAUUCCAUGGUGUUGAGGCGUUCAUCAUUGCAUUAAUUCGACUGCAAAUUAGGCUUUUAUUCAUUUAUUCACGUCUGUGUCUGUUCUAAUUAAACGGAUCAUUGCAAGAAAUGCAUUUGCCUUGCCAUAA